GUCCCCGUCGCGAUGUGGGACUUUGAUCAUUGCGAUCCGAAGCGCUGCUCGGGCAAGAAGCUGGCGCGGCAUGGGCUCUGCACCGCAAUGCGGGUGGGGCAGCGCUUCCGCGGGGUAGUGUUGACGCCGAAAGGCAAGAAGCCGAUCGCGCCCUGCGACGAUGAGGUGGUUAUGAUCUCUGGGCUAGCGGUGGUCGAGUGCUCGUGGGCGCGGCUUGACGAGGUGCCAUUCAACAAGAUCAAAGGGCCGCACGAACGACUGCUGCCCUAUUUGAUUGCAACGAACCCGGUCAAUUACGGCAAGCCAUGGCGUCUCAACUGCGUAGAAGCGCUCGCGGCUGGCUUCUACAUCACGGGCCACCCCGACUGGGCCGAGGCUCUUCUUGCCAAGUUCAGCUGGGGUCAUGCGUUCUUCAAGAUGAACGGUCACCUCAUCGCGCGCUAUCGGACAUGCAAGACGCACGAGGAGGUUGCCGAGAUGCAGGAGGUCAUCCAGCGGGAGCUACAAGAGGAACGCGAUCGGCAGAAGGCAGAGAAG